AUGACCGAUCAAGAUACACGUUAUCGUCUUGUUCUACUUGGAGCUAGUCGUACAGGAAAAUCAUCUAUUAUUCAUAUGUUUUUAAAUGGAAAAUUUUUGGAUACAUAUAAAGAAACUGUUGAAGAUUUACAUUAUCGAGAAUUUACUGUCGAUGAUAAAACAAUUAAAGUUGAUAUAUUAGAUACAGCUGGUAAUAUGGAAUUUCCUGCAAUGCGCCGUCUAUCAAUUGCAACAUCACAUGCAUUCAUUCUUGUGUAUAGUGUUGAUAAUAUGUCAUCAUUUGAAGAAAUCCGUCAUAUAAUUGAACAAAUAAAAGAACAACGAACGAAUUAUGCCGAAAUACCAAUUGUUGUUGUUGGAAAUAAAACAGAUCGUACAUCUGUUCGUGAAGUUGAAGAACAACAAGUUCAAACAAUGAUCAAUGAACUUGGUCCAUUACAUUGUCGUUUAGCUGAAUGUACAGCACUCGAUCGUGCAUCAGUAAUUGAUAUAUUUCUUAAACUACUUAGUCUUGUACAAUUAUCAGCAGCAAGACAAUUGAGUCCUAUAUUAAGACGAAAAGUCAGUGAACGACUUAAAAAAAAGGAAUUUGAUGACAAGAGUGACAAAGGUAUUAAUCGUAGUCGAAGUCUUAUACGACGAACAUCUAUGAAAAAAAAAUCAGCAACGUCAUCUGGCGCUGAUAAACAUUCACCGGAAACACCUGAUUGUUUAGUUUCUUAA